AUGGUUGCUUUUAGAUCUCUUCUUGUGCUCCUAGCGCUUGGCGUGGAGGGUAUUGCUGCGUUGAACCCUACCUCUACCUGUACUACUGCUCUCGGAACCAAGAGCGUCAAGAAUGUCCCAACGUCCAGAGCCACAACAGUCAAGAAAAUCACUAUCAUCAAGAAAGUGAUCCGGAAAGUCAAUGUUGUUGUUAUCCCGGUAGCCAAGACGUCUACUAUUCGCGAGACAAAGAUACAUACCUCAACUAUUAUUGCCGAUCAAGCCACCAAGACUGCCACCAGCACCGUUGUCUCCAGCUCUACUUCUUUCAUUCAAAGGACAGUCUGGUCUACUGUCAAUUCUGUCACGACAACCACUACCACAAAAUUCUUUACCUCCACCGUUAGCAAGCCUGAUGGUUUUACCGACAUCCUCAACCAGCCACGGACCGUGAAGCGACGAAACCAAGAGAGGAGAGGCGACAUAGAAACCGAAACUGUUGGACCGGGUGGUGAUCAUCCACAGAGCGUCCGAUGUGUCAAGGAGGUUCCUACCACCUCUACCAAGACUAUCACUACAACUGUGCAAGGAGCAAGACAGACUGCAAAGGCUGUUACCAAGCUCAAGACCACUACUAUUUCUACCACGUUUCUCACAACGCUAUAUCCAGACGACGCUAGUACUACUGUCCUUACUACCGAGUACCCCGUUACCACUUCUGUUGUCGACGUUACCUCUGUCACUACUGUAGUCUCAACCGUGACUGUUGAGAGCCAAGUGCCGGAGGCAACUGAGUACGCCAUCUGCUCUUCAGAUAACAUAAUGGUAACAGAUAAUGGCGGAGGAUAUUUCUUCACUUAUACCAACUACCAGCAACAAAGUAGUGGUCGGAACCUGGGAACUGGAUAUACCGCCACCUCAUGCUGUAACGCUUGCGCAAAACUACCUGAAUGUCAGGGUACCUUUUACAGUGUUGCCGAUACUGAAUGCAGACUGUUCAUCGCAGUGGAUAGCAGCAAAUGCAUCCAUUCACGCCAGUACAUGAUUGCCGAAUAUCAAACAAGAAUGCAAUCUUCCCCAUCGGUUAUCCUCAGCAACGGUUUAUGUGGACAGUGGAAGAAUGCUGGUAGUAUUGGCCAGAACACCUGA